AUGAGCACAGGCAAAGUUACAGGCAUUGCGGCUGUCGUCAUCCUUCUCCUUGUGUCCACCACUGCUGGUUCUAAGGACACAAGUCCAAUACCAGGCGAACCAUCCAGCCUGAACUCCUGGUUCCAUGCCAAUGUCAAGCCCUACACACAACGUAACGGCACCCUAGACCCUGCCCUUGAAACUGCCGAGGCUAAACCGAAAACCAUUAUGGUCAGAAAAGAUGGAAGUGGUGAUUUCAAAACCCUGACCGGCGCUGUUAGAAGUAUUUCGUCGGGGAAUACUCAACGUGUGAUCGUCGAUAUCGGUUCCGGAGUCUACAAUGAAAAGAUCCAAAUUGAGAAAGAAAAGCCUUUCGUUACGUUUAAAGGAUCGGCUAGUAGCAUGCCAACCUUGACUUUUGCUGGCACGGCUAGGGUAUACGGAACUGUUUAUAGCGCCACCUUGCAAGUUGAUUCUGAUUAUUUUGUAGCUUCUAAUAUCAUUAUUAAGAAUUCUUCGCCGAGGCCGAGUGGGAAAUUGAAAGAACAGGCAGUUGCUUUGAGAAUCGGUGGAGACAAGGCUGCUUUCUAUAAUUGCAGACUCAUUGGGUUUCAAGACACGUUGUGUGAUGACAAGGGACGCCAUUUUUUCAAGGAUUGUUACAUUGAAGGCACUGUUGAUUUCAUUUUCGGAAGCGGAAAGUCCCUGUACUUGGGAACGGCGAUAAAUGUACUAGCAGACCAGGGAUUGGCAGUGAUCACUGCACAGGCAAGAAAUAAAGAAGAUGAUACUGGAUUUUCUUUUGUUCAUUGCAAAGUAAAUGGAAUUGGCAAGGGGGCAUUUUUAGGACGUGCAUGGACAGAAAGACCUCGGGUGGUGUUUGCUUUCACCACCAUGAGCAGUGUGGUCAACCCUGGUGGAUGGUCCGAUAAUCAGCACCCUGAACGAGACAGGAUUGUUUCAUUUGGAGAAUACAAGUGCAAGGGGCCAGGAUCUAACCCAAGUGGCCGUGUUAAAUUCAGCAGGCAGCUAACCCCCCAGCAAGUGAAGCCCUUCCUUUCUCUUGCUUAUAUCGAAGGUUCCAAAUGGCUGCUCCCUCCUCCAAAUUAA